AUGCCCUGGAGAGAACUUGGCUUACAUUCAGUGUUGAUCCAGCUAAUGCCACAGGUGUGUUUCAAGCGCGAGCAUGGAAUGCUACUGCCCCUUCAGCUUCCUAGCAAAGUCGUGUUGUACGUGAGGAGUUUGCAGCUUAGCGGGUCUACGGCACCGCAAGGGUUACCCCACGCGAGAACUCCAGAGAUCGUCGUGACCUUAGCUUAGCUGAAUUUGCUAAACGUGGUGAUCGGCGCAGAACGUCGACUUCUGAAAAUUGUGACUGUUGGGUUCAGUAACUCGCCGACUGCCACUUCAUCUGGGGGAUGUGGCUCGAGCAGGAAGCAGUACGAUGAAUUAUCUAACGUUGCUCGUUGUUCUCACGAUCAAUCAACUCUCGGUGGCAGUGCUAGUGAAGCAGUACAACUGUGAUAAAUACAUUCUAGCCUGGUGUCAGCUACACAACGUGACCGUUCUACAAGAUCAGGACCUCAAAUCGGUGCAGUUCCCUGAAGUGCCUCAGCUGGGCUUCAUCAACGGAACGAUCGUACAUUUUUCCCAUGCUCUUAACCUGAACCUGUUCAAAUCCGGAGUGCUGCGUAUCUUCGCACGUGGCACCAAGAUAUCUCGGCUAACCCUACCCAACACGAUCGAACAGCUCUACUUCCGAGACAACGAUCUCUACGCGGUAGACAUCGAACCGAAAGUUUCCUACGCGAUCAAGUUCCUUCGCAUUCACGUGAACAAACUUCGAGACAUCACCAACUUCCAGCAUCUCAAGGGUCUCGUCGAGCUAAACCUCUGCGACAACCUAAUCGAACACCUCUCGUUCGACACCUUCGCCCCAAUGGUACAGCUCAAACAACUCCUACUCUGCGGCAACCGUCUCAAGACCCUCACCGCCACACACGACAUCAAACUGCCGAACCUCUACCACCUAGACCUAUCCGGCAACUUCCUGUUCAACCAAACGUCCCUCAACCGAUGGUACUUUCCGCGCCUCGGAAACUUCUCCCUCCGGGACAACCUCCUCACCACCCUAGACGUACGGAUCAUAGCCCAACGCUUCCCCGUCCUUCAAAUCCUAGACGUCGAACACAACUCGCUCAACUGCGAAACGUACCAACAACUGCUCAAACACGUCCACCAGCGGCGAAUCAUCUUCAACGUCGACAAACGAAUGUGCCAAGAGCUUCCAGCUCCCGUAAUCCCCCGGUCCAUUCCACCGAGCAGCGGCAACGAGCUGGAGGAGAACGGCGAUUGGCGAACGCUGGUGCGGCAGCUCAAGGAGCGUCUAUAUCAGCAGGUCAAGAUCAUCAACGGGCAGCGGACGGAAAUCGAACAGCUGAAGGCUAAUCUGACCACGCUGAUGGAACAGUUUGACCUGGUGGUGGCGGAACCGGCCAAGGCGAAUGAUCCGUUUUGA